AAUUUGUCUAUUGCUAAAAUGGAAGAAUAGAAUUGACAAGUAUGCGAUUUUCGUAAUUUAUUUUUGGAUACAUAAAUGUUUAAUGCCUUUGUAGUGAAAAAGCGUGUUCCCCUAUGGGGCACAAAAGGAAGAAUACCAUAAUCGUGAAGAAUAGUUUAAAAAGUCUCUUAUAGUGUGUUACAACGGAUUGAAAAAUAGUUUCGAAUGAUGAUAACAAAAGAUAUAAAAAUUCAGUCUUGUCUCGUUAUGUUUUAUUUUUCGAUUCAUGUGUGCAGUUAGGAUUAACAAGUCAUGAACGUUUGUAGAGACAUUAACUAGAGUAUGUAUACGUAACUACGAGAAAGUGAUUUUAAGGACUGUGACGUCACAAGCGAAAGACAAUAAAUUACACCACACGUACAAUGUUUUUUGGUUUUUGCCGGUGAUCAGAAGUGUAUAGCGAUCCGUGGUGAGGGCAGAGUUCGCGGCGGAGAGGUCGGCCCCCGCGAGGAUGGGCGGCGAUGUCUGCCCCCUCCGGAAACGCUGCGAGCCCCUCACCGUGUGCAUGUACUAAUAUAUCGCUUAUGCAAUUAUUCCACGAACUAAAGCAAAAGUUUCCUGGUGUCCCCGAUCAUGUGGUGUCUAGUACUAUCGAGCUGUAUUGCCAUGACAAGCAAGCCUGCGAGACACAUCUCCACCGGGAAGUCAAGGCCUCCCUAACUCACGCUUACCAUGCAUCCUCGUCGGCCGCCGCCCGACAGCUCAACGAGCUCAAAGUUAAUGUACCAGUAAAGUGUCGCAACCAGCCCAUUGUCAAGCAUGAGGUGGUGAGAACAUCGGCUGUAAAAUCUGUAACUUGCCAAGGCCCACAAAAAGCUGUUAUAAGCUGCAAUUCAGCAGCUGAAGAAAACGAAAAGAAAGUAAACACAGAUGCUAAUCAAAAUGUUGUUGAAACUUCCAAUGAUAAUGAGACUAGUAAAUGUCCAUCACCCAUCACAAUUAUAAAUAUUGACAAUUGUUUUGCAAAGUAUAGUGCUGAGUCACCAAGUGAUCCUGAGUUGACAAAUGACAACAAAAAAGAAGUAAAUCGAAAUCACGGAAAAGAAGAAUUGAGUAUACAAAAAAUAAGUUCUGACACAACUCAAUCAGAGAGCACUAAUUACAAAAUUUUGAAGAGUAACAAAAUCAAGUGCAAUUUAAAUGAAAGAUUAGAAAAAGGUAAGGAGAAGAAGACUAUCAAAAAGGAACCGCAAACUAUUGAACCUGCAGAAGAAAAACCCAAAAGACCCAAUACACUUGAUUUUAUCAAACACAAUCCAGAUAUUGCAUUUAAAGAAACAUUAAAACAAGACAAUCCAGAGCCAUGUAGAUCAGUGUCGCCUGCUGUCUCAACACAUAAAGACAAUCAAAAGGACAAAGAGAAGCCUAACACAUAUAGACGGGAAUGUGGGUACCCGCUAAAUUUGUCUGUUAAUGUAAAUUGUCAUAUGGACUUGAGUCGAUCAUAUGUUGAUCCUUGGAUGGAAGAUUACGAAAGUCCUAGAGCUAUUACUUCGGUUAACUUAACAGUUUGUACACCAACUUCGAACAUGGCUAGUCCAGUUAGGGAGACAAGAGAUGAUGAGGGUGGCUUUGAGGGCCAUGUAACAGUAACUGUGAGCCCAAGCACAACAAGGCCUCCGCGACGUCGCGCGCCGCCGCCCCCGCCUCCCACUCAGCCUCCUCCGACAAGACUGGAGUCCCCAAGACCUUCAAGAACUGCCCCAGAACCACCUGCGGGGUCUAAUCAUGGCACUAUUGAUCGUUCACUAAUAGAGAGACAGAAAGAGCGCUUGUCGAGGCUUGCUACAGCAUUAGCUCAAGAGAAAAGCAGAGUGGCGCAGUUGAGCCGUGAAACACAGAUAUUAGCGGCGCCCCCACCCUCACCAACUGCUACACAGAGGCUCAAAAACUAUGUUGAACGACUACGCGAUGAAUGUAACACAUUGUCUAAGAGAUUAGAAAUGGCCAACAAUGAGCCAGAUGAUUCAGACAGCUUCUAUAGAAAUAUCUACACAGGACAGCGGCCGAGUGCUAUGUGGCAAUGCCACAUGUGCACCUUCCGCAACCAUGAGCUGCUCACCAAGUGCGAGGAGUGCGAGAUGCCGCGCAUACUCGUAGUUCGAGCUCCUGAUGGAAUAACAGUUCGUCUAAUGCCAGGUCGACGAAGUAAGUAUGUCGACAUAGAUUAUACAUGAAAAAGAGAAAGGAAAAAUUAAAAAAAAAUUGUUAAGCAAUUGGCACAUUUCAAUGAGAUUUUUCAUUUUCAGAAAUAGUGCGAUCGUGGGUAUUAUGAGACGCGAUGGAAAUCAUUAUUUUUAAGUAAAACUGACUAUCUUAAGUGCAGUAGAUGGUAAUGUUUUUUAAUCUGUGAUAUUCGCAUUUGGUUGUCUAUGAAAAUGGAAGUCUGAUUCGAUGUUAAAAAGAAUGUUCUAAUUUAACACAUUCCAAACGGGUUUGAAGUGGGACUGUUUUAUAAGUAAGAAUUAAUAUAGAGAAUGUAUAGAUAAAUGGGCAUUUGUAUUAAAAUGGCAUUAUUAUCUAUUACCGGUGUGGUUUAUAGAGUAAUUGCAAUGAAUCAGUUCACGCUUUCCCGUAGUAAAAGAUAAAAAAGUUAAAAUUUUGUUACUUUUUUUCCCUUAUCUUUCCUAUACUCAUUGAGUGCUCUGUUGUACCAAAUGCGAAUAACUCCCUGUUAUUUACAUUUUAACACUGCUGCACUUAAGGUGGAUAGGAAAUUAAUUUAAUUCAAAUAUAUGUUUUGUAGCGAAUAUUUCUUUUUAAUUAGUAAUCAAACAGAAUUUAUGUUAUUCAGGAGUACGUUAAUGUUCAUUGAUAACUAUAAACAGGGUUUGUAAUGAAUUUACAGGAAAAAUAUAUCAUUUACGUAAAAAAAUUAUAUAGAAAAUAUUCCGGGAAUCAUAUGGAAAAUUAUUCAUCAAUCUAAUUUUAACAGAUUUAAUUUUUUAAAUUCUGGCCAGUACAAUUUUCUUCAAAUUAUCAUUCAAAAGCUAUUUCUUAUUCUAAAAAACAAAAUAUCAAAUUUAUUGUUAAUCGCAAUUAGCUUCAGCUUAAAUUAUGCCAAACCAAGAUAUUUUACCAUAGAACAAAAGGCGCGCGAAAAUACAAUUCCGAAAAAAAAACUGGUAAUUAUUCAUACUUUCAUAUUUUAACGCUAACAGCCAAAUUAAUCAAUUUUUAUUGAAAAAAAAUAUUAUUGUCCUUUCCCAGUAUUAAAAAAUAGUACAGUCAUUUUUUCUCACCUUCUAUAUAAAGCUAAAUCUUAAAUUCAGAAAAUUCAAAUCGUUCAGUAUUUCAAAAAUUAUUUUUUGCAAACUUUUUAAGGUUCUUCAUAAUUAGUCAUGCCAAACUCAACCAUAUUUGUCAACCCUAAAAAUCCUACCAGUAACGAAGUAGACUCAAUUUUGAGAAUAGGAAAAAUCAUAUAAGUGGCAUACUAAGAAAUGUUGCCACUUUGUAUGUUUUUUUUUAAUAUUUCAAUAUCAAUUUAUCCCAAUCCCAAGUGACUACAGCAUUAUAUUUUUAAUCACUGUCAUAAUUUUGCAAAGAUCCAAAGUUGAAUGAAUCCAUUCUUGCCAUUGAAAAUUUAUAAAAUUAAAUCCUCUUUGCUUUAUAAAAGAUAAUUAAAAGCAAUUUAUUUAUAGUAUUUUACUUGUUACAACAACGCUGCUUAACCUUUUCUAAAAUGAAGCGAAUAAAUAAAUCAAUUUUAUAUUUACAAUAAAGUAAAUAAAUCAGCAUUAGUGAUUCAUUAUAAGCAUUAAAUUACAGAAAUAAGUCAGUCAACUACUAAUUUCUGUAACUAAAAACCAUUCUAUACUAACCUCACGGCUAUGGCUACAUAGAGGUUAGAAGCAGCUAUUUUUUUAGUCAACUUCAAAAAGGAGGUUAUCAAUUCGAUUUUUUUUUGUAAUAUUGCUAUAAAUUGCAUAUAAACAGACACUGUGAUUUCUAGUCGAUGCUAUGAAUUUCUAAUCUUGUAUGUUAUAAGAAAUAAGCAUUUCUCUUUGUGUAAACAAUUCAUGCUCACUGUAUAUAUGAGUAGGUAUUUGUGUAAGAUUUUUAUAUAUCUAAUCAAAUUUAACGUGUACAUCUGUGCAAGGAAAAUUUUUUCACACAAAUGUUGAAAUUCAGUCAUGUGUAUAAAUUUCAGAUGGCCACUGGGUUGCCAUAUAUUAAAAAAAAUCUGAAAAAACUAAAAUCAUACGUUUUAUGUGUAUGUUUCAGAAGUUUGUACUGUUUGAAUGUACAAUAUUAACACAUGUAACCCAGAGUAGACAUUGUACAAUUUAUUAUCAAAAAGGUUGAUAAAAUGAAAUGAAAUUUUACUAUAUAAAAAAUCAGAUUAAGAAAGUACCAUUGAUACAGUUAAUGUGACACGGAACAGCGGGACUUUCAAUCACAAGCCCAUUAUGAAUGCUUAAAUGGAAGUCCUGGCACAAAUAUUAGUAUAUACCAUUUUUGUUUAAGCAAUAAAUCAUUUUUCAUUUUUUUCAAAAAAUAUUU